ACCACACACCAGCCCCAUGUUGGAGUAGACGCGGCCGCUCGCUGCUGACACAAAAGGACGAAGAACACAAUAGUGAGGGGGGUUUAAGAGCAACACGCCAGCACGUACGAGGGACGGGCGAGCGGGCGGGCGCUGGUGAAGCGAGUGCGCUCGAGGAAUGUGACAGUUUUUUCGACAAAUAUAUAAAUCGUCCAAUAAUUGUCUCCCCCCCAUCAUCGCGGAGGGGAUCCGAUCCUAAACACACGCCGAGGCCGCCCGGCCCGGCCAGGCCCGGCUUUAAUGGACGCUUGAAGUGAGCGGCCCGGAGGCGGGGUGGCAUUGACUGGACAGCGGGGUUGUUGUGGCCCCGAACUCGCCCGCACCACAUCCCCUCCCACCACUCGGAUCGAGAGGCGGAGAGGACGCCGGCCGGCCGGUGGUGGGUGGGUGGGUGGAGGGAGGGCCGCCCGCUCGCUUGCUCUCUCUCGCUUGUUACCGCCCGUCCUCAGUACGCGGGCUGCCGCUGAACGCCGCUCCAGCCAGGUGACCGGGCGCCGGGUUAAACUCGGUCGGAAGGGAUAUGUCCUCGCCCACCGUCACCACACCAACCGAGAAAGUAGACGGAUUCACCCGCAAGUCCGUACGGAAGGCCAAGCAGAAGCGCUCGCAGGGCUCCUCGCAGUACAAGAUCCAGGGUAAAGCUGUCGACUUGAAUCCCCUGCCUCUUCUCAAAGACGUUUCUACAACUGAGAAGGUAGCACUCUUUCAGAAGAAAUUACAGCAGUGUUGUGUUGUAUUUGAUUUCAUGGAUUCAUUAUCAGACCUUAAAAUGAAGGAGUACAAGCGCUCAACCCUUAGUGAAUUGGUGGACUUUGUUGCUGUGGGUCGAGGAAUAUUGACAGAACAGGCCUAUCCUGAAGUAGUUAAAAUGGUUUCUUUAAAUAUAUUUAGGACCCUUCCACCUUCAGAUACUUUGGAGUUUGAUCCAGAAGAAGACGAACCAACGCUGGAGGCAUCCUGGCCUCACUUGCAGCUUGUAUAUGAAUUCUUCAUUCGAUUUUUAGAAAGCCAAGAAUUCCAGCCCAGCAUUGCCAAAAAAUAUGUAGAUCAGAAAUUUAUAUUGCAGCUUUUGGAGCUAUUCAACAGUGAAGAUCCCCGGGAGCGAGACUUUCUGAAGACUGUCUUGCACAGAAUUUAUGGAAAGUUUCUUGGACUUAGGGCAUUUAUUCGAAAACAAAUUAACAAUAUUUUUCUACAAUUUGUUUAUGAAACAGAACGUUUUAAUGGUGUAGCAGAGCUUCUGGAAAUAUUAGGAAGUAUUAUAAAUGGGUUUGCAUUGCCGCUCAAGGCUGAACACAAGCAAUUUUUGAUUAAGGUGUUGCUCCCUUUACAUACUGUGAAGAAUUUAUCACUUUUCCAUGCACAGUUGGCAUAUUGUAUUGUACAGUUUCUUGAAAAAGAUCCAUCAUUAACUGAAUCGGUCGUCAGGGGUUUACUAAAGUUUUGGCCAAAAACUUGCAGUCAAAAAGAGGUCAUGUUUCUUGGAGAAAUGGAAGAAAUCCUAGAUGUUAUCGAGCCUGCACAGUUUGUAAAAAUUCAGGAUCCGCUCUUCAAGCAAAUUUCCAGAUGUGUUUCCAGUCCCCAUUUCCAGGUGGCCGAGAGGGCACUCUAUUACUGGAACAAUGAAUACAUAAUGAGUUUGAUAGAAGAAAAUUCAGCUGCAAUCCUCCCCAUCAUGUUUCCCAGCCUCUAUAGAAUCUCCAAAGAACACUGGAACCCGGCAAUUGUAGCUUUAGUCUACAAUGUACUGAAGGCUUUUAUGGAAAUGAACGGUCCCUUGUUUGAUGAGCUGACAGCAACUUACAAAGCAGAUCGGCAAAAAGAAAAGAAAAAGGAAAAGGAACGGGAAGAACUUUGGAAAAAAUUGGGGGCUCUUGAAAUAAAGAAAGGUGUGAAAAAAGGGAUUUCAACUUAAAGAAGCAUGGUACUAAUAUUCCAUGGUGUAUAUUUAUGUAGUGAGAGAUGGAUCAAUGGUUUUCUGUACA